AUGACUGAAGCCAAAAUGCCGCUCAUGCUCGAGAAUGGCAUGAACGGCUCCAUGCAGGUCGAUCAGCUUGACGUUGAUGACCUUUUCGGCGACGGCGUCGGUCUAUCUCUUCAUACGGCUCGGCCUCCCACCAAGCAUUUGCGCCAAAGGAUAGACGAUCUGCGGACUCGCGGUUGUUGCCAGGGUAUAGCAUGGUCGAGAUCCGGCGCAAUCGCAUCGAUUUCUCCCGACGGAAAGACACUGGAAGCCAGGUUUUUACGCUCGCAUCCCGACGAUGGCAACUGGGGUCUCAGCGAGCCCACAAAGGUCGACCUCAUCACCAUCAACGCUACUAGCCCCAUAGUUCACCUGGCCUGGGCCUCGACAACAAGUCCAGAACUAGCCGUCAUCGAUGCGACCGGUCGAGUUGCCAUCCUAACCUACUCCAUCACAUUGAAUCGCCCCUUCGCAACGCGAAAGUGGGAUCAUGAUCCGAGUGAUGAUCUUCACGCCAUUGUCGGCAGCUACUGGCUUCCCCUUGCACCCCAGUCCAAGCAGUAUUAUGUGAGCCAUGGGCCUGCUGUGAGGGAUGGUAACCAGUACCGCUACGAGAGCUCCUUCGUACAUGCCUACGGUCCAUGGCAUCCAAACCCAUCCAAGAGCGCUCUGCUGUGUGUCACCACAAACGGCCAUCUCAAGAUGUUCUGGGCUCAAAAUAAUAACAAGAUUGAGGAGACUACGCUUGAGCUUGAAAGCGUUAACUCCUCUGAUGAUUUGGUCACGCACGCAGCACUACACAGUGAUAAGAGUAGUCUGUGGGUUGCUCUAGCGACUACCUCCAAACAGUUGCGUGUUGUGCGAGUUGGCAUCCAUUGGGGCUUGCCUCAGUCCCAAUCCGACAAUAAACCGCCCCCUGGCAGCCAAGCCCUGAACCCGACCAUGCAAGAGAAACAUGUUGCGAUUUCUAGCUGGUUGCCUAGUGGCUCAUCCGCCACCCCAAUCGACUCCGCCGCCAACCAACUGACACACUUGGAGAUCUUGCCGUCAACCCUAGACCACACGGGCCAGGGCUGGGCUCCCCUUAUCAUCCUCGCAGUCCGUACUUACUUAUCAACGCCCAAUACCCCUUACCAGGAAACGCAAAGCAUUAUCGACAAGUGGGAGGUCCUCAACGACCAGUCCCAGAGCCUUCACCCAGCGUUCGAGCAGCUGGGAAGUCGCAGGAACAGUACAGGAGCGGCUCCAGCUCCCACAUCCCGACUCAAGAAGUUUGACCCCGUGGUCAUCAACAAGGCCAUUGUUGGCGUCCACACUAUCCAGUAUGGCAGAGUCAUCUGUCUAGCCUUUAGCGAUGGUUCGGUAGAAUAUCGCGACAGGUUCACCUUACAGGAGAUUUACAACGAGAUGAAUCUCGAUAGGGUCAUGACGCUGAACCAGGUGGGCUUCACUCUCCAGGAUGAGUCGCCAUGCUUGCAAAUGGCAUUCUCCCCGACAAACUGUUCCAUCAUUAAGAUACAAGACGAUGGCAAAGUCAAAUGGAGCAAGAUGCACUAUCCCCUGGGUGAUAUCGGCAACUCCAGCCAAGACGCACCAUAUGCCGCCACGCUGGCGGCAUUAACGGUAGCUGCCUCGACAGCAACUUUCAACAACAUAAACUACGAUGAUAUCCUGGCUGUUGCUCGUCCAUAUGCAGAUAAAAAUCGCUUCACGUCCGACUGGAUCAACGAAAUCGUGCGCAUGCUCAAGAUCCCCGUCGACUACUCGGAGGAUACCCACCACGAUAGUCUUGUUAGAAACAGCUCUCUUCAGAUGUGCUUGAGCAUCCUCAACCACCUUGGGUACAAAGGCAUGUUUCAGCCUCGGUCGUUUGGCGGCAAGUUCGCUAUGCUGGCACUCAACGCACGCAACGUCGUCAUUCUCAUCACGAUCGCGAGUAAUACUCCGGCUACGAUUCGAGAGAAGCUUAGUCCGCUUGACGAGCACGAGGUUGUUGACGCACUCGCCGGUUGCGCAAAGUGGUCUCUCGAUCUUCUCUCGUGGCUUACAGACUGUCUUUUCGCCCUUCUUGACGACCAGCAGUUCCUUGCCCUCCUCACACCGCAGCGCUUCUCCGAGAUCAGCACCUACCUACAGUCCCGCUCCGACGUCUCUCUCCACUUGCUUCUAUGCUCUUCAACGCGCGGUUUUCUCUCUGCCGUAUGCCGCCGCAUUCUGCACCUUGAGAUUCUCUCGAACCGCGCUAUCGAGUUCUACGAACGCCGGGCCGCUAUGCAGAAGGCCACCGAUCCAUCCUCGCAAAAUAAGGCUCUGCAUGUAGUUCUAUACAAGGCUUACCAGAAGAUGCAGCGCGUCACCUCCAGCAGUCUCAUCAAGGUACAAGAGUUUGACCGUCUCCUCACGGUCCUCAACAACGACAUUCGCUCCGCCUACCAGAGCUCUUUCGCGUCUCUGGCGAGUAAGAACCCCCCGGGCGCCGGUGGGCAGAAGGCGCUGGACGCGCAAAUCAAGAACGCCCAGACCCGAUGCGAGCUCAGCAUGCUCCUCGCGGCAUCGCCGCCUCCAGCCUUCCUCCCCGUUCUCCUGAAGUUCUUCAACACCGACCUUAAGACAUAUCGCGCGCAGGCCGACCCGUCCAAGCUCUUCUUUGCGGACUUCACCCUCCUCGAAAUCGACGACGAUCGCCGAACUCUCGCGGCUCGCAAGGCAAAAGGCCGGUUUAUCGACGUAUUCAAACGUGUCGAGCUGGCUACACCAUCAGCCGACAGCACGAAGGAGGGCGAGGAUGCCAAGCUGGCGCAGUGGAGACGAUGCGUUCGGUGCUCGGCGGUCAUGGAGGACGUCUUUGGCUCUCGACCAGGUUUUACGUUUGUACUGGCUCAGCAGAGGAAGUGUUCCUGUGGUGGCCACUGGGGGCUCUUGCCCAAGGAUGUUCUCAUAAUUUGA